UGUUUUACUGGCUAGUGGUGAAGGUGGAGUUACUCUAAUUAUAACUGAAGUGAAAAGCAACUGAGAUAAAAUUCUGUUAGUCUAAACUGCUACCUGAAAAAUGAGGCUCAGGUUUGAUUGUCUGUUAAGUGCGCUUGGCUUGCUGAUGAUUUGUGGCACUGCAAUGUUUUUUGUUUCAAUGAAACAAGAUUUGUAUCAGCUUGUUAAACAAUUGCAUCAGUCUGGAACAGAAAGCAAGAUCUGGCAAGAUGAGAUGAUGAGGAACGUCAGGAAAAAUGAGCUACUAAUAAAGCAAAUUAGUGAGAUGAAGCACCUGAACAUACCAGAUGUAAUGAAUGUGAAAAAACAAAGCAUAAUUGAGAAAAGAGAAGUCAAAAAAGAAGCAAACAAUGAACCAAAAGUGAUAAAGAAGCUUUUCCCCAAUUCACGAUUGUUUAAAGAGUGGGGAGAUGAUUUAUCUGAGGAAGAACAGAAGAAAGCAGAAGAUUUGUAUCAAAGAUAUGGAUAUAAUGCAUUUCUGAGUGACAGACUUCCACUCAACAGGGAUAUCCCUGAAACCAGAGAUCCCAGAUGCUUAAAGAAGAACUAUACAGAUGAUUUACCAUCCAUAAGCGUUACGCUGAUUUACUUGGAUGAAGCUCUCACCAUCUUACAGCGUGCUAUUCGGAGCAUCAUUGAUAGAACUCCGUCUCAUUUAUUGAAGGAAAUCAUUCUUGUAGAUGACCACAGUAUAAAUGAUGAACUACACGAAGAACUUGACAAUUAUGUUACAUUCAUACAUGAACAAUAUCCUGGACUUAUAAAGCAAGUUAAACAUGCAGAGCAGAAGGGACUCACACAGGCUCGUAUUUCUGGAUGGAAAGUGGCUACAGGGGAUGUAAUUGUCAUACUGGAUGCACAUAUAGAAGUUCACGUGGGAUGGGCUGAGCCCAUUCUUGCACGGAUUAAAGAAGAUCGCACCAUUGUGGUGUCACCAGUGUUUGACAAAGUCAGGUUUGAUACCUUAGAUGUUGUCCGCUAUGGUCCAGCUGCUGAUGCCUUUGACUGGGCUCUCUGGUGUAUGUAUGAAGGAUUCCAACCAGAGUGGUACAAACUGAAUGAUCAAUCUAUACCUGGGAAGAGUCCUUCCAUUAUGGGUAUUCUUGCAGCAGACAGAAAGUUUCUGGGAGAAAUUGGUGUCUUAGAUGGAGGCAUGAAAGUCUAUGGUGGAGAAAAUGUAGAAUUGGGUAUUCGAGUCUGGCUGUGUGGUGGCAGUGUCGAGGUGAUUCCAUGCUCCAAGAUUGCACAUAUUGAGAGAGCACACAAACCGUACCUCCCAGACCUGAGCAUCACUAUGAAGAGAAAUGCUCUGAGAGUUGCCGAAGUUUGGAUGGACGAAUAUAAAACAAAUGUUAAUAUUGCUUGGAAUCUUCCAAUUAAGGAUCAUGGGGUUGAUAUUGGUGAUGUCUCAGAAAGAAAAAAGAUUAGAGAAAAAUUAAAUUGUAAGCCCUUUAAAUGGUAUCUGGAAAAUGUAUAUCCUCAGUUGGAUCCCUGGGAUAACAUUCUUGGCUAUGGAAGUCUAAAAAAUAGUAUUAAGGAAGAUCUCUGUGUUGAUCAAGGUCCAAUUCCUGGAAAUGUUCCUGUAAUGUAUGGGUGUCACUAUUUUAUGCCACAGCAAACAUUUUAUAUGAAAAAUGGUGAAAUCUAUAUUGGAGGAAUAAAGUCACACAAAUACAACAGUAACCGCUGUUUGGUUGACCCGGGUAGUGGAAAUACCCCUGCUUUACAUGAUUGUAAAACAGCAAAGGAGAAGAAGCUCAACAUGUUUUGGGAUUUCAAACAGGGGCAAGCAAUAAUCAACAGAAUCACCAAAAGAUGUCUUGAAAUUGUGAAGAAAGAUUACUACACCCUUAUUGUUCAAACCUGUACUCAGCAUUAUUGGACAAUUCAGCACAUAAAAGUAGACUUUUGAAAGA